UUGACGAACCUCAUCUUGCUGGCCAAGUGUUAAAGCUGGAAUCAGCGAUCAAAUAUCGUGAAGAGGAUAUUGUGAAUGCACGGGUACUUGUUGAGCAGUAUGCAGCAGACGAUUCGGACGGUGAAAUCAACCUGGCUUGCCUGGACUAUAAACCAAGUUUGGCCUAUUCGAUAGCCCUCUGCCAUUAUCAAAUGCGUGAUUACUCACAGGCUCUAAAAUUUAUUGCCGAUAUAAUUGACCGAGGUAUCAAGGAUCAUCCUGAGCUUUCGAUUGGCAUGGUAACUGAGGGCAUCGAAGUGAGUUCCGUUGGCAAUACGCUUCUUCUUCAUGAAACAGCACUCGUGGAAGCUUGCAAUCUAAAAGCGGCUAUCGAAUAUAAUCUUAAAAACCGUAAAACUGUUGCUUUUCUUUAA